UGCUCCCGCGGCUCCGGCUCCUCCGGCCGCCCAUGCCCCGGCCGCUGCCCCCGCCGGGGAGGCCGCGAGGGGCCCAGCCUCGCACAGGCUUCUGCACUGCUGGAGACCACGUCUAGCUCACCCAGCCCCCUAGACAACGUGCUCAAUGCUUUGAGACUGGAAGGAUCUUGCUCUGCAAUGAAGAUGGAGGCAGCAGGAAAAGCAGAAGAACUUGUUGAUUCAGAAAUUCCACCAAAGAUUUCUGAAAAGCAAGAGACUACUCCUGAUGAAGUCAGGCCUAUAGAACUCGAGACACAACCUCAAAAGGACAGCGUGCCCACUGCAGCAGACUCUGCAGUGCUCUCUUCCAUGCCUUGUUUGCUGAUGGAACUGAGGCGGGACUCCUCAGAGUCUCAGCUGGCAUCUACAGAGAGUGAUAAGCCAGCGGGUGGCCGAGUUUAUGAGAGUGACUCUUCUAAUCACUGCAUGCUUUCCCCUUCCUCCAGUGGGCAUUUGGCUGACUCAGACACGUUGUCUUCCGCAGAGGAGAAUGAGCCCUGCCAAGCUGAAGCCGCCUCAGAGGGAGACCCUUCUGCGGUGUCUGGGGCUGCAGUCGGGAGGAAAUCCAGGAGAUCCAGGUCCGAAAGUGAGACUUCAACUAUGGCUGCCAAGAAAAACCGACAGUCUAGCGAUAAGCAGAACGGCCGAGUUACCAAGGUAAAGGGUCACCGGAGCCAAAAGCACAAAGAGAGGAUCCGGCUCUUGAGACAGAAGCGGGAGGCAGCUGCUCGCAAGAAGUACAACCUGCUGCAGGACAGCAGUACCAGCGACAGUGACCUGACUUGUGACUCCAGCACGAGCUCAUCAGACGACGACGAAGAGGUUUCAGGGAGCAGCAAGACAAUCACUGCAGAGAUACCAGAUGGACCCCCUGUUGUGGCUCACUAUGAUAUAUCAGACACAAACUCAGACCCAGAAGUGGUAAAUGUGGACAAUCUGUUGGCGGCUGCAGUAGUUCAAGAGCACAAUAAUUCUUUAGGAAAUCAAGACUCAGGAUCUGCCUGGAGAGCCAGAGGGUUGCUGAAUGAAAUGAGUGCUGAUAGAGGUCGCUUGGAUCCAGGCUUCCUUGCAGGUGACAAAACCUCUUGUGGCAAUUCCCAGGCCAAUGAAGAAAUUAACAUUGCCUCUUCUGACAGCGAAGUAGAGAUUGUUGGAGUUCAGGAACAUGCCAGGUGUGUGCAUCCCAGGGGAGGGGUGAUCCAGAGCGUGUCCUCCUGGAAGCGUGGCUCGCCGUUCGGGAGCGCCCAGCCCGCACAGCCAUGGACAGCAGUGGCUCCCCAGCAGAACUGGUCCUCACCCCCAGAAGUGGUGGACCUCACUCUUGACGAGGACACCAGGCGCAAAUACCUCCUGUAACUCCGUGUCACUGUGCUCUGCCCUCUCCCCUCCUGCCCUCCCUGGCACAGAAGUUCAGUGGUUAAACCAUCGCCUCCAGAGGCCCCGUCCUUGGCACCAUGAGACCCAAACCCACGGCGUUUCUCCACGCCCACAGGAAUGUAGUCUGACUUCAUUAUCACCUCAAAUGGUUUUGUCUUCUCCAAGGAGGAUUCCUGCCCAGAAUUAACAGCACCAAAUUUAAAACACAUCUGCAGUUACUAACAUGUGCGUGUAUAUCUAACGAAAUAACUGCGUGCAAACCUACGUCCUCCCAGCCUCCCCACCUCCCGACUCCAGAACGUUUUUAAUUUAUCAGUAUCUUGAGUUUGUUAGUAGAAGUUAGUGUGUUGCUGUGUGAGCAUCAGUGGUUUUGAGAAAUGCUGUGUCCUCACUGAUUUCAGCGGAACUGGGGGGUAUUCAACACUUCCAAAAUUUGGGCCAGGAGUAUUUUUACCCAAGUGGAUUUGGUUAUGUUGCAAGCAGGAGGGAUUGUCUUUAAUGCAAAUGGCCCAUAACAAAUGCACUGAACUGUAACUUUUUCUCUAAAAAUUCUUUUUAAUUUCUUUCUCUUUUUCUCUGAUUCUGCUGCACUUCUUCUGUAUUUCUCUUUC